GUUUAUAGACCUAUUAUUUUAUCAUACCAGCUAUUAACCAGCAUGGCCUCUACAUCUUAUAUAGGCUGUUUUGUUGUAGAUUAUCUCCUUGGAAUUUGCAGAAAAAGUUCUUAUUUAGUGUUGUUUUCAUGUUAUCCAGUGAAGUCAUAAUCCCUAUACCGGAUAGAGUAAUGGUUUUUCCCACCGUAGCAGAGUCGGUUCUGCGGAAGAUUCAAUGCAAAUCAAUGAACUCAGUCAAAAGAUCGGGGUUGGGCAAACGAAGUUCAGACUGAUUCGCGGAUACAUUGCCAUCGCUGUAUAGUACAGUAGUAUAUGUCAAAUACAGUAUACUAUUUAGGCCUACAGUAGCCUAUAGUCUACGCUUUAGUGUAGCAAAGAUACGAUUUGUUUAAAAAAAAACAUCUCUGGUUAAAUGUACAACUUCUCCUAAACAGCCAUUGGAUACAAAUAGUUCGAAAUAAAUCUGUUUUGGGAUUUUGGAAACCGACGAUGAUUUUUGCGAAUUCUGCGAACCCAUUGAGGACUCCGUAUCGUAAGCAGCCACCUGUUGUCUCCUCCUCCCAGCCCAUGGCUCCGCCCAGCCCCAGCACCAACAGCAGCACCAACAACAGCAGUAGCUCCAGCACUGCAGGUUGGGAGCAACUCAGUAAAACCAACCUGUACAUCCGAGGCCUUGCCCCAGCCACCACCGACCAUGAUCUGGUCAAGCUUUGCCAGCCGUAUGGCAAAAUUGUAUCAACAAAGGCCAUCCUGGACAAGACGACAAACAAAUGUAAAGGUUACGGCUUUGUGGACUUUGAUAGCCCUGCUGCAGCUCAGAAAGCUGUCACUGCCCUGAAGACCAGCGGGGUCCAAGCCCAGAUGGCUAAGGUGAGGCAACAAGAACAAGACCCAACCAACCUGUAUAUCUCCAACCUGCCGCUGUCGAUGGACGAGCAGGAGCUUGAGACCAUGCUCAAGCCCUUUGGCCAGGUCAUCUCUACCCGAAUACUGAGGGACUCCAAUGGAACCAGUAGAGGAGUGGGCUUUGCAAGGAUGGAGUCGACAGAGAAAUGUGACUCCGUUAUCUCUCACUUCAACGGGAAGUUUAUUAAGACACCACCUGGAGUUACUGUGCCACCGGAGCCCUUACUGUGUAAGUUUGCUGACGGCGGGCAGAAAAAGAGACAAAGCCAGUAUACAUUUUUGCAGAACAGCCGUGCGUGGGCUAGAGACGGCGAUGCUAGACUGGCUGGAAUGACCCUCACGUACGACACCACCACAGCGGCUAUGCAAAACGGAUUUUAUGCGUCUCCAUACAGCAUCGGAAACAGGAUGAUUGCUCAAACGUCCAUGUCUCCAUAUCUCUCACCUAUCUCCACGUACCAGGUACAGAAUCCCUCCUGGGUUACUCACCAGCCCUACAUCAUGCAGCACCCAGGAGCGGUGAUAUCGCCCUCUAUGGACCAUACUAUGUCACUACAGCCUACAUCCAUGAUGAGCCCUCUCACUCAGCAGAUGAGUCAUCUCUCCAUGGGUAGCACAGGAACGUACAUGGCUGCAAACUCUAUGCAAGGAGCCUAUAUUCCCCAGUACACACACAUGCAGGCCACAAAUGUUCCAGUGGAGGACAACAGUCAGCAACAACAGGUGGAGUCAUCAAGUGAUCAUUCCCCUUACACCUACCAACAAACAAAGUAAUACGGAGGUGUGGUAGGAGCCCAGAAGACAGAGUGGGAUGACAGUUGAAACAAUCAUGGCUGCUUCUGGUGAUGGAUUGUGCGUUAAGGAUUUAUCCCCAUUUUGUACAGAAUUCUGCAAUGAUUUACUUUUGUUUGUGAUAAGAAAAACAAGUGAGACAAUUUUGGUAUGUCCCAUGAGGUGCAAAUAAGUGAUUCAUUUCAUCCAAGGAUUCAAAUUCUCUAAAAAAAAAAUAAGAAAAAGUAGUUGUAUUUUACUAAAGAAAGAAUGUUUAUUUUUUACCAAGAAUUGUCACAUGGAUGCAAGAACCUAUAGAGGAUCAUGUGACUUGUUGUUUAUGGUGCAUGGUAGUAAAGAUGUCUUUUGUUAAUAUUUUUUAUAAUUUUAAUUGAGUUUUUCCUCUUAUUUUGUACUGAAAUAGAAUUUUCUGAAGUUGUAUUAUUUAUCUUGAAAAUGAUGUUUUGUGCUUGCUGUGUGAGUGUUGCUAUGGUGACGUGUUAAAUGUUUCUUAUUGUAAAGUGAUGUAUCUUAGUGGUCUAGAUUGAUCUUUCCAUCUAGACUACAGUAGCUGUAUAGGCAACCUCCUAGGCUAGAAAUGAGGAAGUCAUGGUGAGAGCUAUUGCCUUGUAAAUCAGUGAAAUAGGGCUUUUCCUUUGGAUAUAGCAAAAUAAAUCUGCUGUGUUUAAAUGUUCUUGCUUUUCCCCUCUGAAAAUGAAUCUAAAGUAGAAGUUUUCGAGAAAAAAAUGUUUAGAGUGAAAUUACCCCUAAAUCUGAUGAUGUUUUAAUAGAAUGUAAUGUUUGUAUAAUCACAGGGCCUUAAAUGUCUCUGGUUGUUUGAAUGUGCUAGAAAUUCUGUUGAAUUAUCACAUUUUGAAUCUUGCCUUUUUUGAUUACUUGGUGUUGUAGAUUAGCCUAAAAUUAGCUUCUAGGGGUGGGGAUGGAAUAAGGGAGGGUGUGGUUGUGUCUUUUUGGGGGAUUUUGUUGUUCUUUUUCACUUUCAGUUGAAAUGCAAAGAGGCAAACUUCGAUUUAUCAAAGCCUUCCAGUGCAACUUACGUUUAAUGGAGUUUUAGUUGGGGAAAAAUGAGAUGAAUAUGUAGAUAUUAUUGCACCCAGCUCUUUGAUAGGAAACAAACAAGCUCGGCACUUUCAAUUAUGAUUUACUUCACCAAAGAACUGUGAGCUAGUAAAUUGAGGAAAUAGUUUAAUUUCUCUUUCUAACCAGGAUGUAAUUGACUUUUUGCCAGACUAGAUUGCAGUUUGGAGAAUGUGCCUUUUUUGUACAUUUACAUUCAGUUGUCAUACGUGUUAUGGGAAAAUAUGGACACAAACAAGCAUGAAGGACGAUUUGGAUCCAACAAGUGCCACACACUGAUUUCGUCACUACAGAAAAAUGGAAAAUGCAACGUUAUCAAACGAAUUGAACCAGGAAAGAAGACAGUUUGAAACUAUGAAAUUUCAAAAAAUACAAUAAUAAUUUGUUUUAACAUUGUGCAACAGAAUGUUAUUGCUAAAGUUUGAUAAUUUUUUAUCAUAGUAGAUUUGAACAGGCUUUAUGAUUAAGUUGUCUUCCAGAAGCCUGUGUUCUGGCCAAUAGAUGGUAUGUUCUGGCCUGAUGGUUGCACAGACCGACCAGUUAUCUACCUCAGAGUUUACUUUCUCCUCUGUAUUGAGCCGGGUUAGCAGGUCCAGCCCGCCCUUCCAGACCAAACGCCAUGCUCAGGAGCUGGCAAUAUACACUUGUUUUCUUUCAGGUUGUUUUUAAUACUUUUUGAUUUUCUUCACAAUAAUUGUCAUUCGGAGGAAAAUUGUGCGUUGAGCGUGUUUUAGUUGUUCAGAAUUUCAGUUUCAUAGUUUCAAAAGUAGAACUGCUGCUUUCAUCACAAUUCCAGAUUCCAGAGGCUAAUAAAAGUGGUUGAAGAUAAAUAAAAGCUGAAAGUUGUGGUAUUUCCUGGAUCUGUGCUCCUGAGAACAUCAUUGUUGCUUUGUCAGAGUCCAGACAGGCUUGCAGCAGCAUUUCCUCUGCAGUCAGCUUCAGUUGAGUUACCAAAGUAAAGGGCCAUUGUGACUAUACUGGAGAUUUCUAUGAAACGCCUGAGACUGAUAACUAAUACUGUUGAAUUAUUGUGAGGGUUAUGCUGCUAGUAAUGUCUGAACCAAGUGCCAAACUGCGUCUGGGUCAAGAGUUGGAAGGGUGCAUAAAGAAGGAAAAGCUCAUUUAAUUAACCAUCAUGUUAAAUAGUCAUUCAGUUAUAUUGAAAAGUAGUAAUUUAUGAAGACAGAAGUUUUGUACAGAUCGUUUGAAGAAACAAAAGAUUUUCAUAGAGAUAUCUAUAUAAGAGUAAAUAUUAUACUUUAUUAUUAUUUUUUUUUUUACAUGUGCCACACAUUUGCCAGUGGUAACUUGUAUGUCCAGUUUAUGAAAACUUUCCUCUAUAUUUUUGUUUUGUAGAGUUUGUUAAAGCCAAAAAUAUUUUUUUCAGUACAUUGUUACUUAAGCGUUAUUUCUGUUCAUUUCUUCGAAUUUAAAAAAAAAUAAAAACUUCCAUUGGAA